GGCCUCCGUGCUGAGGGGCGCUGAGGGGCCUCCGGGCUGAGGGGCGCUGAGGGCUGAGCGCCGGCAUGCUGCGCUGGCUGCUCGGGGCCGGCCGGGAGCCCCCGGGGCUGGCCGAGAAAUCUCCCUUCCAGUCAGUGGGUGAAGAGCAGACCCAGAACCCCUACACAGAGCUGCUGGUGCUGAGAGCUCACCGCGACAUCGUGCGCUUCCUGGUGCAGUUGGAUGACUACCGGUUUGCGUCAGCUGGUGAUGACGGAACUGUGAUUGUGUGGAAUGCACAGACAGGGGAAAAGCUUCUGGAACUCAGUGGACACACGCAAAAGAUAACAGCUGUUUCGACGUUUCCUUGCUUGGCGUCUUGUGCAGAGCAGCGCCCGCUCCUGCUGACGGCCUCUGCGGAUAGGACGGUUGUGGUCUGGGACAGUGACACUGGCAGACUGGUGGAGAGACUGUCAUAUUUCCAGUCCACUGUGAAGUGUUUGAUGGUUCUCCCACGGCUGGGCGUCUGGCUGUCUGGUGGAGAUGAGCUGUGUGUGUGGAGCCGGAAGUUGGAUCUCCUGUGCAAGGCCGCCCAGCUCUCGGAUGCAGGGAUCACUGCUUUGGCUGAAAUACCUAAGAACUGUGUUGUAGCAGCAGCUGGCAAAGAGCUGAUCAUUUUCAGGUUGGUGGUGCCCUCGGAAGGAUCCCAGGAGUGGGGAAUUACUGAAGCCAAGCGCCUUCAUGGGCACCAGGAUAACAUUCUGUCCUUGGUCAGUGUCAACGAUGCUAGCUUUGUCUCCGGCUCCCACAUCGGAGAGCUGAUCGUCUGGAGUGCCCUGGACUGGACCAUGCAGGCUUCUGAGUGGAACUUCUGGGACCCAUCUCCACAGCAGGACACCCAGCAAGAAAUCAAACUCUGUCAGAAACCAAACGACAUUUCCAUUCAUCAUUUCACGUGUGAUGAGGAGAACGUGUUCGCUGCCGUUGGCCGGGGGCUGUACGUGUACAACCUUCCCACGAAGCGGCUCACCGCCUGCCACAAGGCUGCUCACGACUCCAGUGUCCUGCACAUCGCCAAGCUCCCCAACAGGCAGUUACUCUCCUGCUCAGAAGAUGGCAGUGUGCGCAUCUGGGAGUUACGAGAAAGACAGCAGCUCACAGCCGACCCCGUGCCCACAGGCUUUUUUAACAUGUGGGGAUUUGGAAGAGUGAAUAAACAAGCCAGCCAGCCUGUUAAAAAGCAGCAAGAAGUUACCACUUCCUGUUCCCUGGAGCUCAUUGGCGAUCUCAUCGGACACUCGUCCUCCGUGGAGAUGUUUCUAUACUUUGAGGAUCACGGACUAGUGACCUGCUCUGCGGACCACCUCAUCAUUUUGUGGAAGAACGGAGAGCGGGAAUCUGAACUGCGCAGUUUAAAGCUAUUUCAAAAGUUGGAGGAGGACGGUGACCUGUCCCACACUGCCCUGUAGUGUGGCACCACACAGGCCCCGAGGGACGGAGCACGAGGGUCCUUGUGGGUCUUCUAGAAACUGCUGCGGGCAACACCCCGAGGACCUGCCUGUUGGGGGCAGCGGACACCCAGGGCCAGGUCGCAGACUCGCCUGAGGGCACGUCUGACGCUGACCGUUACUUACCCGACAUCCCAAGCAGAAGGCUUCUCGGUAGUGGAUUCUGUCAUCCUGGUUUGUGUGUGGCUUGGGAAAUGAAGGACACUAAAUCCAAAGUUUGAAAUUACGAAAAGUUUAGUUCCAAGAGGUGAGACAUCAGCUGCAGGGGCAGGACAGGGUUACAGCGCGUCGCGUAGAGACGGCCGGCACGACACAGGGAAGAAACGCAUAGACAAGUGGAUGCUUGCAUGUGCCAGCCCCUUGCCUCGUGCGUGUCCACUCACGCUGUCUGCUGGCGCAGCGGGGAGAGGCCAGCCGUGAUGUCCUGUGACGGGGCUGCUCCCGGAGGUGACAGCAAGGUGUGAAAAGAGCUGUAUAAAACUAGGUGCUGUGCUUCAGCAUUCCAGUCAGGUUGCACUGAGUCUGUCCACAUCACCGAAGCACAUGGCGUGAUAAACAGCCUGGCUGACCACUUCCGUCCCCUCCCAGCAUGCUCCACGGACUGACACCCAGAGAAUUUAGAUUGUCAUAAAAAUGCUAAACAGCAAAUG